AUUCUAUAUUUUUUUUUUUAAAAUAUAAUUAUAUUUAUAAAAACAUUGUAUUGGUUUUAUUAUAUAAUAAAUAGAUUGUAUUAUAAAAAGAUAAUAAUUGUAAUGAAUUAUCAUGAUAACUUGAGACAAGGCCUGUGGCUUUUAUUGAUGGCCUCAAUUUUAAAUCAACAUACAGACCAUGUAAAUGGAUAUAUAGAGUCAUCAAAAAUCAUCAAUUUAUCUUUAAACAUUGUAUACACAAAUGCACAUAAUCAAUGAGAUUAUGUUAUCAUUGAAGUAAUGAACAGAAAAAAAAUUCAAAAUCAUAUCAAUUUAAACAAAGAUAGUCUAAUGCUUGUUGACAAAAAUAAAAAGAAAAAGAAAUCAAUUAAUAAUUAAAAAUAAUGAUACAAUAAUAAUAAGAUUUAUGAUAGGGAUUUUAUUUGCAAAUUAAACAAGUAGGUCGAUGAAAUAAAAAUUCCAUUGAAUUUAAUUUAUAUUGAAUGGGGGAAAAAAAUAAAGGGUUCAAAGUCAAGCGACAACUAAACAGAGUCUCAGUUGUCAUUUUAACACUGGCAAACUCGUAACACACUUCUCUCACUCACUGCAAAAUUAAAUAAUAAAAAAAAUAUAUUUUCAACACUUUGAGUAUAUUCUAUUUUAAGCAGGCAAUAUUAUUCAACAGGCUUUUAAGUUAAAGCCAAUUAUAUAAAAGACUUUAAAUAUUUUUUUUUUUUUUCAUUCAUUAUUUUGAAAUGUCAAAAAAGGAAGAAGAUCUACCGGUGAAAGAAAUAAAAUCAUUGAUAAAAAAUGUAGUUGGUGAUGAUUUUGAAAUAAUAAAAAAAGAUUGGAAAUAUUUGACUGAUCCUGGUGAAAAUUUUGGAAGUCUUAUAUUUGCAAUUAAACUUGAAAUAAUGAAAAAUAAUAAAAAUGAAAUAUUACAUAUUGUUGCUAAACUUCCACCACCAUCAUUGUAUUUAAUAAAAUUAUUCAACAGUCCAUUUUCAUUUAAAAAAGAACUUGUAUUUUAUCGUGAUUUAACACCGGCAUUUAUACAAUUACAAAUUGAUAAUGGUAUUAAAAAUCCAGAAGAUAGUUGGAUUGGACCAAAAUAUUAUGGUGGACGUUGUGGUUUGGUUGAUGAUGUAUUUGAUACACAAGCAAGUAUUGUACUUGAAAAUUUAAAUUAUUCAGGAUUUAAAAUGAUUGAUAGAUUAACUGGUUUAACAAAAUUACAAACUGAAUAUGCUGUUAAAAAAUUAGCAAAACUUCAUGCACUUGCUAUUGCAAUGAGAGAACAAAAACCAAAAAUAUUUAAUAAUUUAGUAUUACCAGCACUUGAAAAUGUUGCUAAUGAACAUGCUAAAGAAUGUUUAAUGGAUAUGAUUAAAAAAUCAGUUAUGGAUUUGGGUAAUAUAAAUGAAGCUAAACCAUAUAUGGAUAAGGUACAAUGGACAAUUGAUAAUGCACCAAAAAUUGAAGAAAAAAUGGUACACGAUAAAAAAUGGUAUACAUUUGUACACAAUGAUUUUUGGGUUAAUAAUAUGAUGUUUAAAUUUGGCAAUAAUGAUGAAAUUUUAGAUAUGAAAAUCAUUGAUUUUCAGCUGGGUUUUUAUGACUAUGGUGUUAAAGAUUUAAUAUUUUUUUUAAUGUCAAGUCCAAAUUGGGAAAUAACUGGUGAUAUAUUUGAUGAAAUGAUUAAUAUUUAUUAUAAUGAAUUUAUAAUGUUAUUAAAAACUUUCAAUGUUUAUACUCAAGAUUAUACGCAUGAAAAAUUUUUACAAUUAGUUGAUCAAUGUGGACCAUCAAAACUUGCACAAUGUUUAAUGAUGACACAAGUUAUUAAAUCAAUACCAGGAUCAGCUCCAAAAAUAGAAACAAUUGAAAAUAAAGAAUCAUUUUUAAAAAUUGGUGGAGGUCAAAUUUAUCAUGAUAAACUUAUUCAAUUAUUAUAUAUAUUUAAAAAACGUAAUUGGUUAUUAUCAAAAUAAUUUAAUAAUUGUUUUUUUCUUAUAUAAAUAAUAAAAAUUAUAUAUAUAUUUACCUCAAGUAAAUCAGCAACAGCAUCUGGAAGAUUAAAUUCUCGUACAACACGUAAUCUUAUUUGACAAUUAAUUUCAUGUCUACAUGAUAAUGAUAAACUUGUAGCUCUUUGACAACUUGGUGAUUGUCUAAG